AUGGCAGACAACAGUGUUAGUGAGUGCAUGGAACAGCGUGGCGUAAAACCCGCAGAUAUCUACAGAAGACUUCAAGCACAGUACAGUGAUGAGACGUUUGAAUGGUGUAAACAUUUCAAAGAUAGCUGUAUGCCCGCCAGUGACCAUCCCGGCCAUGGUGGUUCCCAGCCCACAGCAGUCAUUCCUGUGAACAUUCACCACGUGGAAUGCCUGAUCCUGGAUAAUCAACGCAUCACUUGCUGUGAAAUUUCACAAGAGACGAAUCUUUCUGUGGGAACGAUGACGAAGUGAAGCCAGGCUGUUCUAGGAUGGUUCAAGCGUACUGACAAAUCUAUGCUGAAGCUUUCCAGGCAUUAAACGCUGGGAUGCGUGCAUAAAUGUAGCAGGGGGGUAUGUCAAAAAAUAA